GUUUUUACAUUGGUUAUAUUCCUUGGGAUUUAGAUGCAUAUCUUAACGGAAAGCGCACAUGAUCAGAAGUGGGAGUUGGUUUUACAAACUUUUAGAGAUACUCAAAGAGAUACAAAUCUCGUUACAGUCAGUGUACAAUAUUGUUUGACAACGUCCUCACGUUCUAUAAACAGAUAGGCGAAGG